AUGUCCAACAAGUGGCUUUCUUCUUCAAGCUCUCGAUGUCCUCCUCCAAGACUGGAAAGAAGGAUUGCAGAGAAGAACAGAAGAAAUCAUCUCAAAAACCUCUAUUCCCAUCUUUUCUCUCUCCUCCCUAACCAUGGAUCCCAGGGGGAAUCUUCUGCGACAUCAUCGACGCUGCUAGAGCAAAUAGACGAAACGAUAGAUUACAUUAAGAGCAUGGAAACUAAACUUGAGAGUUAUAGGGUUAAGAAGAAGAGAUUAAUAUUAGAACUAGGAGACGGAGGUUUGAUGAGGAGGGUGCCGGAAUGUGUGGAGGUAAGGCAGGUUGGUCCGAGUGAAAAUGUCUCGACUGUGAUUUGUGGGUCGGAGAGAAAUAACAUUUUUCAUGAUAGUAUUUUUGUGAUUCAACAAGAAGGUGGUGAGGUUCUUCAUGCAAGUUUCUCUAUUGUAGGAAAUAACACUCUUUUCCACACUUUUCAUUUCCAGUCGGAAAAUUGGGCCGGAGAUCGUAUAAGCAGAAGGUUGAAUGAAUUGGUUCAUGGAUCCCACACCCAAGCCCAACAAUAUUAUGCAGGUUGUAAAGUGGACAGGAAGAGCACCAGUGAAAUUUGCCAGUUCUUAGGUGACCGUCUUGUCUCCUACUACAACAAGAAGCAAACAUCUAUUGCAACUUCAACGGCAGAAUCAGAGUAUCUUGCAGCCGACAGUUGCUGUGCUAAACUACUCUAG